AUGUACACUUACGCAAAUAUAGUUAGGAGAGGUAAAAAUAGUUCAAAACCUCAUAAAGCUUUAUCAUUACUUGGUAUUCUUUUAUUUUCAAUUGUUGCAAUUAUAUCAUUAAUACCAAUAGCAAGUGACGAAAAUUGGGUAACAUUAAAUUUAAAACAAGGUGAUAAUAAAAUUUAUAAAGAUAUACCAAAUGUAAGAAUUGAAUAUUCAUUGAAAAGUUUUGUGUACAAGAGUGAUAGUAAUAUUAGUGUUACAGUAUAUAAUGAUAAUGAUCAAGCAAUUGAAUAUAAAUUCCCAAUAGAAUGUGAUUAUAAUCAAACUUUUAAUGAAGAAAACUAUAACAUUUGUAGUGAAAUUAAUUUAAAAGAACCAUUAAAAGUAAUUGAUACAGUGAUAUUGAUGAAUUCAGCAGUCACAGUUUGUAGUAUUGGAUUUAUAAUGGUUCAAUUGAUAAUAGAGUACAGAAUUUUAAAACAAUUAGAAUUUCAACAUAAAAAACAUUUCAAACUUUGGGCUAUAGCAUUUAGAUUAUCAUUCAUUAUACCAACUUUAUUUUCAAUCAUUUCAAUGGGUGUAUUUUUAUCAUCAUUUCCAAGUUCUGUCUCUUUAAAAUAUUCAAAGUUUAAUCACGUUUUACAAAAUAGUUUCUCCAAUACCACCAAUACCGGUGGUUGGUCUCAUAAUGAUGGUCUAAUUACAAAUCUAUUCACAAUGAUAAUCUCAAUAUUUGGUUCAAUAUUAUUUUCAUUAAGUUUUUAUUUUUAUUAUAAAAAAUUAAAAAGAAAUUGUUAUUAUAAUAAUAUUGAUGGUAAUGUUGAUGGUUAUUCUUUAUUAUAUGUUUAA